CUGCCUGACUCUCUCUGCGACUCGAGUCCGGUCAUCCUCCAUUCCUCCUCUCUAUCUAUUCUCCUGUUCAUCCCCUUCUGUCUCUUCCUGGCGGCGGCGACUCAGCGAGCGGCGCCAGCCUACGCAAGGUCUUCGCCGGGCGCAGCACCGGCGAAGAGUAUCCACCAGACUAGACUUAAAUUUUCACCCAAAGUUCUUCCUAAGAAAGCCCCAAAGAUCAUCCCUAAACCGGAGCCACAAGAGGAGAACAAGGUUCUGACAAUUGAUAAGAAGCUGAUAACUAAACUUGGGAGCUUGCAGAGCACUUAUGGCCCCGGAAGUGGAACUAAGGAUGAGAAGCAAGGAACUCCUGUCCAGGUCGCAUUUGGACAAGCAUACCCUUCAAUUCCAAGAACUUUUCCCACUCCAAGAAGCUUUUCAUCAGGCACAUCUGCUAUAAAAUUACCCAAGGAGCACAAUGAACCAUGGGACUACACAUGUACCGAUUGUCCGGUUACUCUACCACUGAAAAGGCCCAACUCUGGAGAUACAGAAAUUCUUGAUGAAGCGGAAUUGGGACAUUCAUCCAGCAGAGCCCAAGAUGGUGAACUGAGUGCAGCUGAAGAACUUUGUUUGACGGCUUAUGCAGAUGCUGACACAAAUAUGAAUAUGAAUACAAAAUCGAUGGGGGACAACAGGAAGAGGCAGCUUGACUCAAUCCACGGCUGUGCUCUGAAAGAGCUCCCAGGUGGCUUCAUGGGGAAGUUACUUGUGUUCAAGAGUGGUAAAGUGAAGAUGAGACUAGGUGAUCUGCUCUUUGAUGUUUCAGCUGGCUCGAAUUGCAUCUUUCCUCAGGAAGUUGUAGCGAUCAAUACCAGGGAGAAACACUGCUGUGGCAUAGGGGAGAUUGGAAAGCUUGCAACCAUAACACCUGAUAUCAACUCUUUGCUAGGUUCUGUUUAGAUUUGAGAAGAUGGAUUAGCUUGUGGGGUGUUACAAAUGGGUAAAUACUAGGUUCUAUUGCAUGUUAUGCUUGGUGGAAAUGUUUAGGAGUACUUUGGUGGUGGGCGCAAGUGGGUUGAUGCUGCUGCUACCACUUUGCACUGAGGACUACAAAGUUGCAAAUCCACAUAAGGGGAACUAAACCGAUGCUAAUUUUAGAUGUAAAUGGCAAAUGGACUGUUUUGCUUGUUUACUUUGACCCUGUUUUUUUUCACCUAACAAUCGGUGAGUUAUCCAAAACACUUGACUAAUGUCAGGAGUUCACGGGCACAGGAACAGACAGAGCAUUGUAUGCUAUUUUCAACCA